GAUUCUCGGAGAUCCGACACUUUUCGCCGAGGCUGCCCCUCUUUCUGCCAGCUUCACCUGUUCAUCCGAUGAUUGGCCGACUGAAGCAGAGAGGACUGUGCUUACAUAAGGUCAGGAUAUUCUGUCAAUGAGCAGGGAAGUCAUCCUCCUGGACCUUGGGUAUGAAGAAAGAUGGGAUGAUGACCUCGGAGGAAACAUUGCAGCUUUGCAGUGAGUUUCUCUGACCAUGUGGAAAGGUCGAAGUCUAUGGAUUUAAACCAGACUUUUCCAAUUGCCUAACGAACCUUCAUGUGACAACGGAACAAGACAUUGUUCCGAAACUCUGAGGGUUAGGGGUGGAUAUGGACACUCAACAAAGCAACCACGACGAUGAAGACGGAACUAUUCACUGUGAGCAAGCCGCACACAAGGAACAUUCGUUCUAUUGGAGAACCAGACUUUGAAUCAGACCCCCGAUCAAUCCGUCCCCAUUGUCCCAGAACCACGGGACGGGCUGACCGACCAGCGACUUAUUCGCAAGCUUAGAAGAGGCUUGGCAAUGGUGUGGUGGGACAAAGACAGAGCUUGGGUCUGAAAGGCCACCGACGCCACCAAACGGUCUGGCUUGGCUCGGCGCACUAGACACGGUGCAACAUCGACAUUCGGGUUUUGUGGGAUCGCAAAUUCCAGUCGGGUUUGGGCACCUUCGAGAGACGCGAUGGCGGUAUGAUAACAUGCGCGCAUUUUUUUGGAUAUUUUUGCUUGGAUGCGCCUGCUGGGAGGCUGCACGCGCUGCCAGCUUAGUGCCGGGGAAGGCCUUUGAUCGUUUGAUCACGAUAUGGCUGGAGAAUCAGGACUAUGCCAAGGUUGUCUUGGAGCCUAGCAUCGCCGACUUGAAGAGGAAGGGCAUCUUGCUCACGAGGUUCUAUGCGCACACCCAUCCAUCCCAGCCAAACUACCUGGCCGCCAUCGGUGGGGAUUAUUGGGGCCUCGAUCACGAUGACAUGGUUCAUAUCCCUGAGAACGUCUCGACAGUGGUGGACCUGCUGGAUUACCGGAACAUAAGCUGGGCAGGUUACUUUGAGGACAUGCCCGGCCCGGGGUACAUGGGGAACUAUAGCGAUGGACAGACUGGGAACGGCACAUGGGACUAUGUGAGGAAACACAAUCCAUUUGUGUCGUAUGAAAGCGUCAUUAUGGAGGGAGAGCGGCUGCUGGCCCUAGACUCCUUCCGUGCCUUCCAAAGGGCCUUCAAGGCAAAGGAGGUUCCCCAAUUUGUGUUCAUGACCCCCAACAUGAUGAACGAUGGCCACAACACGAGCAACAAGUUUGCUGCUGACUGGGCCCACAAGUUCCUUCAACCUCUUCUGGAUCCUAAAGCUUUCGACGAAAAGACGUUGAUAAUGCUUACGUAUGAUGAAUCGGAAGAUUACAGCCAGCCUAACCACAUCGUCACUUUGCUUCUGGGAAGCGCAAUUCCUCCAGCGCUCAAGGGAACAGAAGACAGCACCUUCUACACCCACUUCAGCUUGCUCUCGACCAUCCAGAACAACUGGAUGCUGCCCAAUCUCGGCAGGUAUGACGUUGGAGCAAAUGUGUUUCAGUUUGUUGCAGAUGCGUCUGGUUACACCAAGAACAAGGAGCCUGCCAAUGCAGCGUCAGUCAACAAUUCAAUAUCAUACCCGGGGUUUCUGCACACCGAGCCCACAAACAGACUGGACAUCCCAAUACCAAACGACAAAUUGAUUGGCGCCGGUGGGCUUCCGAUCCUUGACAAGAUCAAGCAGAAAUGGGCCGGUGACAACAAGAAGGUGGGGAAGACGCCGUACGACGGCAGCGGGAAUGUGCACGAUGGCGACAACCCGCCAGUCUACAACCCUCCCAAGGCCAAUUGA